CGGCGGUCACUGCUGCUUGGGGCUGUUAGGGGCUGGGGAGGGGCGGGCUCAAGAUUUAAAGGGGCCGCAGCCUCAGUGUGCGGAGGGAGAUGGCCUGCAGGGUGAAGGAUGAGUACCAGCGUUAUUACACGGUCACGGAGCCGAGGAGCCACCCCAAGGGCCACACUGAGUACAAAGUGACAGCCAAGUUUGUUUCAAAGACGAAACCAGAAGAUGUCAAGGAGAUCACAAUCUGGAAACGUUACAGUGACUUCAAGAAGCUGCAUGGAGACUUGUCCUACAUCCACCGCAAUCUCUUCCGGCGCAUGGAGGAGUUCCCUGCCUUCCCCAAAGCCCAGGUCUUCGGCCGCUUUGAGCCCGAGGUGAUCGAGGAGCGCAGGAAAGCAGCUGAGGCCAUGCUGAGAUUCACGGUGCACAUCCCUGCACUGAACAACAGCCCCCAACUCAAGGAGUUCUUCAGGGAUGGGGAGAUAAAGAGACCACUGGAGGCCUGUGACCUAUGCAUCCUGCCGCCCCCUCUGAUCCCAGUGCCACAGGAGGGCACGGAUAUUGGGGAUGAUGCUCAGGGAUCUGUAGCAGAGCUGGGACAGCAUAGCCUGGAGCCCGAUGGGGAGCCGGAGCCGCUUGAUGGGGAACUGGAGCCGCACAGAGGGGAGCAAGUGGAACCACAGAAACCAGCGCCCCUGGGAGCUGUAAGGGCAGCAUGCGAGGAGCACAACAGGGGAGAUGGAGAGGAGACAGGGGAUCCCACACCGGCUGCUAAAUCAGAGGAGGAUCUGGAUCUACUCUUUGCCUCUGUGGAAGAGGAGAAGGAAAGUGGGUCGCCUCUCCAUGGCCCUCUGUCUGUCCAGGACCUGGCCUUCUUUGACCCCUUCGUCAAGGAAGGAGACCCUGAUCCCACCCGCCGGGAAGCAGUGAAGAAGAAGACGGCCGAGUAUCUACACCGGGCAGAAGAGCUCGUUCAGCUGCAUUUGACUCAUCUCCAGCCAUGAUCUACGUGCCAGGCUGGGAUCUGAACCUCAAACUGCCUUUGCAAGGAGCUCUAGGACCAACACAUUCACACAUCAGUGACUUACCUGCAGCCCUUCCCUCAUGUCCCCCCUGGGCUUAGAAGCAAGACUACAGCCCUCAGCUAGAAACACACCACAUACACACCUCUCUGGUUUGCUGUAGCACAGGGCUGUAUGGUGAAGGGAACCUUUCUCUUCACUACUAAAGAUGUUUGUCUCAACAGCAGCUCUACAGACAGUGGGUGAUUCUUCUUCUGACUAUUCAAAGCACAAGACAAGGGGACAGUCUGGAAGCUCCUAGCUAUUUGCAAAGGGGAGCAAGCACAGAGGGAGAAGUCAGCACCCCUGCUUUGCAGAAAUGGAGGCACAGAGACACAUGCCUCUCCCAAACUGGUGGCAAAGCUGGAAGUAGAACCCAGCAGACCAGGCACCUAGCGCCCUCUUGUUCUAAUUCUCUAGACUCUAGCCCUCACUCCCCUCCCAGAGCAGGUAAUAGAAGCCAGGUGUCCUGACUCCCAGACCCCACUCUGCUCCGUAGCUCCCCUCUCUUCUUAGAGCAGGAUACAGGAGAUCAGGGACUUGCACAUGGGAACAUAAUGCUCUUCCUUCAGACAGCAGCAAGUCCUGUAUCCUCUGUUGCAGCCACUCGAGGGGUGGAGGAAAGGAGAAGAGGGGAUUGGAACACCGAGGACGCUGUGUAGCUUGUUGGCCAAGCCCACUGUACACAUCAGGGGCUCCUUGCCCUCCAUUCUCCCCCACAGCUACCUGGGCACAGCCCUCACUUCCCUCAGGGGAUGUUUCCCAAGGAUGCCAGAGCAGCAAGGCAUCUCACUGCUACCUGCCCUUGGCCUGAGGGGGUCUUCUGGAGCAUCCCCCUGACUCCUGCAGCACAAGCCCAGCCUCUGCUGGCCUCCCUCUCUCUGUACAGCUGAGCCCUAGGCAAACACUCAUCCCAAGUCCUCCUCCUGUCACCCUGGAGUGCCCAGCCUCUGACCCACUGUGCUCAGUUUCAUCAUGCCCACAGGAACCACACAUGUCAAUUUCCAAGAGACAGCUCCACCUUCCUGCACCGCUGAACACCCAGCACUUAACCAGAGGGAAAACCAACCACUUUAUAAACAGAGAAGAGAGGCUCCAAUGUCGGACGGGAAGAACACUGGAAACAAGUGGUUACAUAGAAAACAAGGUUAUCAUAUGCCUACAACUUACAAGAUGUUACCCCAUUUCCUGUAGAACAGCUUGCCCUAUGUCCUUCUCCCAUCUUUUUCAGCCAGCAUGGUUGAGAUCCCCUUUCAUAAGCUCAAGCACUCUGUCAGCCUGUCUUCGGAGACUGAGGGAUUCCAGGGCCUUUUGCUGCACCUUUAGAAAUACCAAACUAAACAUUGGAGCUUGGUCUGAAAACAGGGAUCUCAUCUGUUCCUGCUCCAGCAUUUCCCUCUUCCUGUUAGUUUCCAUCUGGAGAUUCCAGGAGCACCUCAGUUGAUUCAGUGUGUUAGCAGCCUUCUCCUGGGAGACACCAUUGGCCCCCAAGGAGAUAAGUGCCUAACAUGCUGCUUUGAGUGCCCUGCCUUUAACUGCAAGGCCUAGAGAACACAAUUUGCAGCAGAGCCACAACUCCUCACAUUUUCCAUCUGUCUCACUUCUACUAGAGACCUUUUUGGUGACCUCUGGGGUGCCUGUAUCCCUGUGUACCACUCUACUCUCUGCCAGUUGGCAGCAAAAGGCCUUUGGGCUACAACCCUUUAUUUGAAGGACUCAUGGUAACUUCCCUCACACCUGUCUCCAAGCCUAGUGCUCUGUGUGUCCCCUUUUGCUUUUCUCCCACACCAGAAUAUGUGCAUGUCCUCCAUUGCCCUCUCUCCCCUAUGGCAGGGAUUCUAUGUGCCUUCCAUUUCCCACAAUCCAGGGUUUCUAUGUGCCCCCUUUCUCCUCUCCCUCCCCCCAUACCAGGGUUCACCAUAUCACCCUCAUUCCCCCUUUCCUUUGCACUAAAGUCUUACAGAUUUAUCCUAUUGCCAUGACUAACCCCACUCUCCUUCAUCAGUCAGUCACUCUACAGCUGGAUUAGCAGUGCUCAUCUACAUAUAAGGCUCUUAGCCCCACCCUCCACUGAGAUAAAGCCUGCCAAUGGGUGGGACUUAAUCUAUAAAACCCCAUCCUCCUUCUUGAGUCUACCCAUCAAACACAGCUUUCAGUUCAGAGAAGCAGGUGAGCCUUACCCAGAGAUGGGGAAAUGUUCAAUGGGAUGUGCUUGUUCUGGGAGAGAAAGAGAAGAGGGAAAAUUAUUUACUUCAGGGUUUUUAAUCUUAACUGUUAGGAGAAUCUUUUGGGCUGUCUCACUGCCUUGCUUGGGUAAUACCCAAGUUCUCUGUGUUUCACCUGGUCCACACAAUGACUAAGAGUUUACUACUACUGCUGCCUGCUAAUGACAUUUUUCUUGUGGCUUUUCUGGGAGAGGCCUGUGCUGCUUGCAUUGAAGGGCCUGAAUUCAGUCCUCCUUCUGCUGACUGUGGCUACCAUAUAGAGUAGGACUGGAUAGAGCCUUUCCAUGAGGUUUUGUGGUUAAGGCCCCAUGGCUGGGACUCCAAAGACCUAGAUUUGAUCCCUGUGCUGUCAGACUCCAAGCGUGACUGGGCAAGUCACUUACCAUUCCCCUACCUCAGUUGCAGAAUGCUAGCAGGGUCUAUCUUUUAAUGUUUCUGAGGCUUGUAACUACUCUGAUGGGUUCUUGCAGCUGGAGAGAGCUGACAGUUCUGGAGAGCUGCUGUUUGUUGGAUGCUCUUAACGUGAAAUAAAAAACUCAGGAAUCCUG